CCUCUAAAAGCGGUCGUCCACAAGGCGUUGCGAGCUACAGCACGACAAUGUAUGGAAAAAAUCAACGCUACCGAAGAUGAUUUGGAAUAUCUUCGGAAAGAACCGCCGUUUCCAGAAAAAUCCGCUUGUAUACUGAGCUGCUUGAUGGAGAAAAUCGGCGUGGCAAAGAACAACAAAUUUUCCAAAAACGGCUUCAUGGUGGCCAUCUCGCCGCUGGUCCUCGGGAACACCAAGAAGGUCGAACACAUGCGUGAUGUUUCGGAGAAAUGUGAUAGUGAGAUAAAUCAUCACGAGGUUUCCAAUUGUCAGCUGGGGAAUGAAAUAAUAUCGUGCAUUUACAAGUACGCGCCCGAAUUGCACUUCAAGAACUGAAUAUUGG